AACAGACCGCGCAUCGCUUAUCCACGGCCGUCGGGUGACGCGGAGGGAGGGCUAGACACAGGGGGCGGAGCUUGCGCCGCACGGCUUGUGCAGGUUGGGUGAGGGGGCCAAGCUCCGCCUCCCUCAUUUGGCGUUGAGUUUUGGCGUGACAUCCAGGGAGCAGGAAUACCAUGCGUUCGUGCGUACGCGCUCGCGCGCUGCUCAACACGUUCGCUCGCGUCCUGUUUCUUGCUACGCGAGAAGGGUUGAGACCAGAGCGAGGCAGCAAACGUCACAGAGUUGGCCAGCGCAACACGACCAGGCGGGAGAUUACUUCAAGAGAAGAGUGAUGGCUCCCAACGCCAGACACGGCCGCGAGUAAAAACGUCGCAGUGCUGCAGCCGCGGAGGCAAACCCUCGUCUGAGCCUUGCCAACCCACGGCAACCCUCGUGACGACAAGUCUCGUGCUAGGCGUGACAAUCAAGCAGAAGUACCGGACUCUGGGAAGGCGAUAAUAAUGAUGAGCACACAUUUUCUGCAGCAAUCUGAGCAGCAGGGUUAAGGUGCAGCACGACCCAGGUUUCCUCUUGGGAAGAGAACAAGCAAGCGAGCGAACGAACGAACGGACUGGUUCGUGACGAGUUCUCUCUCUCUUUCUCUUCCUCUUUCUCUCGCCGUCGCGUCAAGUUCGUCGGCGCAAUUACUGCUGGAGUAGAGGGGAAAGAAUUUAACCCCCGCUUGCCUGUGUGCUUAAUUGUCUGUGCACCUGCUAAUUGGCAGGUAGCUUCGCUUCUGUAGCUGCCGCCGCUUCGAUUUUUGUGACCGCGCUUCGUGCUGUCCACGACUUAAAAGGAACAGCUGUUGAGGCGAGUGAGAAAUUAAAAGUGUCAGAGGUUUCUCUAUUCAAGGCAGCUGUGAUUUGUGGUGGAUUAUAUAAUAUGGUGGAAUCAGGUGAGGUACCUACCAACACCUAACUGAUUCUUGCAGCGAGAACAGCAUCAUCUUUUAGUCAUUAACAUCCAGGUCAUCAUCGAGUGUGUAUUUAUUUUUUAAAGGGACUUCUAGAGAUCAACACGGUUGUCUUGUUGCUUGCUGAUGUCGUCUGGCAAGUGUUUGGACAAUUUCGUCGAAGGCUUCAUCAACUAAGUGCUCUCUGUCUGUUUGUCGUCGACACAGGCUAUUUUAUGGGAGUGGAGAGAGGCUGGGUGGUAGCUCACCACCAAAAUUUUCAUCCCCAUUAUCAUCAUCCUGCUCAUCAACAUCCUCCUCUACCGCCUCCUCUUCCUCCGCCUGACGUCGACAGCAACUACAUCCACGCUGGCGACGACGGCUGCGAGAAGCUGAUAAAACUGGAAGUUCAGGAAUACUAUCGCUUGAGCAGUCAGGAGUUUGAACGCCAUGCACUGAACCACCACCACCACUACCAUCUGCACUUUCAUCCUCAGCACCUGCACAACCACCACCCGCACCAGCACCAGCACCAUCAUCCUAGUGACAACAACAACCUCGUGAAAGUCCGGGAACAUUUCUUCCACGAAGCAGGUGAGGACAGUCGUUUACCAAGUCCGAGCCGGCUCGCGAAGGGAGAGAAAUCGGGUUGUGUUAUGAUUAUUCCAAACUCUCUCAGCCGUUACCACCACCACAACAACAGCCACAACAACAGCCACCGUCUUCGUCCGCUCCCUACAACCACAUUCCUUCCCACUCGCUCCCCAACGACGUAGACGACGACAACAACCACCCCUCUGCCAUCGCCACCGCCGUCAAAGCCUUCAACAUCACCAACGGCUACGACGACAGCGGACUGAGCAAGGCGAGUAGUCUGGGGGCGGGGGAGGACAGGGAGCGAAGUCCCGCCCUGGGUCCCAUCGCCGCGCACACCACCCUCCCGUCCCCCCACCUUCCCGGGUACGCCUCCUACCCGUCCAUGUCCCCCAGAGGCCAGCAGUGUGAGCGAGGUAUGGUAGAGAACGCCGCCAUGGGUCCGGUGACGCUUGCUGCGUCGGAUGGGGACAUCACGGACAUUGGCGGACGGUCCAGCGUGCCCUUCGACAGGCAGUGUGUCAGUCACAGGCGAGGGCCCCCCUUGAUGGGUGGGGGUGCGUCCGGCGACGAGCAGCCCCCUGGGGUGUGCGCCGGGUGCGGGCGGCGCAUCGUGGACCGCUACUACCUGCAGGCCGUGGACAAGCAGUGGCACGUGCAGUGCCUCACGUGCAGCGACUGUCACUAUCGCCUCGACUCCGAGCUCACGUGCUUUGCUCGAGACGGACAGAUCUACUGCAAGGAGGACUAUUACAGACGGUUCGCCAUGAAAAGGUGCUCGCGGUGUCACCAGGGAAUCUCGGCCAACGAACUAGUGAUGCGGGCCCGUGACCAGGUGUUCCACCUCAUGUGCUUCUCGUGCACCGCCUGCCACCGAACUUUGACCCCCGGAGAGGAGUUCGGCCUCAGAGACAAUCAGGUGUACUGCCGCACAGACUAUGAGCUCAUGUUCCAAGGAGACUACAUCCCGAGUUUGAGUCCCGGGAUCGGAGGUCCCGCAGGGCUUUCCACCCAUUCCCCUAAUCCCAACGGACCCAUCCCAUUCUACAACGGGGUGGGCGCCGUUCAGAAAGGAAGGCCGCGGAAACGGAAGAGUCCACUGCCAGACGGGGAUGGAUGUACCAAUAUGGGUCUGAAUGGGCUGGAUAUGUCCGACAGACCGGGUGACGUGCUGGAGCGUGAGGGGUACGGCCACACCCCGCCACGACAGAAGCGCGUGCGCACGAGCUUCAAGCAUCACCAGCUGCGGACCAUGAAGUCCUACUUCGCCCUCAACCACAACCCCGACGCCAAAGACCUCAAGCAGCUGGCACAGAAGACGGGACUGUCCAAGCGAGUUCUGCAGGUGUGGUUCCAGAACGCACGCGCCAAAUACCGCCGCAAUCUCUUGAAACAGCAGCAGGACGCGGACAAGAACGGGCAAGGGGCUGCCAGCUCUCCGACAGGGGGCGACACUAACAAGGAGCGCGAGAAGGACGCGUCUGGGUCUCUGACGGACCUGUCCAACACCCGCUCGCCGGCCCUGUCCGACAUCAGCUCCACACCCUCCCUGUCGGACUUGCAGUCGGGGGCCAUGGAGUCAGGGGGCGAGCAAGGCAGCUCCAGCUCCAUCAGCGAGCUCUUCUCCAGCACCAUCGCCUCCAUCAACUGACCUGGCUCACCCACACACCGAUGCUCACCCCAACCCUGACUCAACCCUGACCACCCCACCACAAGCCCCACUACCUUGACCUUUCCGACUCGGCGCCGCAGGACCUGUUGCUGUCGUGGAGGUCUUCUUUCUUUCUUACUCUCUCGUCAACUCCUCGCCAACCAGGACAGAAUCUCUCAUCGCCUCUUUCCUUGUGCUGGCAUUUAUUCACGCCCGAGGCGGUUGCUGCUGCUCCUGUUGCUGCUGCUGCUUCUGUUACUGUGGGUAACCUCUCAUCCCUUUUCAUCGGUUCACCCAACCAGCCUGCAUCAUUCUACAGGUACAUCUGCUUUCGGGAGACGCUGAAGCUAAGUCACUGAUACUGUCGAACUGUAUCGAUAGACUGUAUCGAUAGACCUUAUGGUGAUGCCGGUGCUUGUGGCAGCGGGUCUACCUCCAGAGCACACUUCUGCUGGUCAAGGAGAGGCAACGACCGUGUUCGUCGGGUUCCAUGACAACACACUUGGCACGGAGGAUAAGGAGGAUCUGUGUCAGGAACCUCCAGUCGGACUCCAAACUGUGUUGCUAAGGUUCGCAAGGUCCGAAGAACCCCUGUGGCCGAUCGACUCUUUCACUCUUCUUACUGAUUUUGGGGAUGGGUAGGAGGAUGUAAAACAGGAGUGAAUGAGUCUGAGUGAGUGAGAGGGUGAGUGAGUGAGUGAGACAAGGCAGAACUGAGAAUACUAGAUCCCAAGGAACAGCUUGACAGAACGCUUGUAUUUACUGGAUCAAAGUGCUACAUUUCCAGAACAUCUCUCUAACCCUCCUCUCACACAUACACACAUACACACAUACACACAUACACAAAUGUGAACAACGCUUUGAGUCUUCAGAGAACAGUUCAAGACACGGACGUUCACAGACUCGUAUAUGAAACAGUCAAUGUAGCUGCCACUGUGGCUAUCAUCGGGGUUUUUUUUUUGUUUUUGUUUAUUUAUUUAUUUAAUCAUCGAGAAUUCCUCCCAAAACGCAACAAGACUCGUUCAAUGGAAAUACAAUAUAGAAUGACAGAGCACAGUCUUCUAGCGAGGUACUUUGUAAAACCCACGAAAAGACUAAAUAUACUCAACAUUUUUUUUUUCGGUAUCAUUAGACAGAAGUGCUAGAUGUUCAGAAUGGUGGGAAACUGUUAAACAAAAAGUGUCGUCUGGUGUUGAUGAGUGACUCACAGUCAAACCUGUUUAUUUGACACAAGAGUUGCAAUGCACCGUGGGAAAUUCUGUUUCGGGAUGUCGUGACUUCUGCUUUUUAAAGUAGAAGACAAAAGCCACGUGGCUACAGAAAGGACAUUUUGUGAUAUCGAGGACACCUGUGCACGGAAGUCUAUUCAUGGAAACAAGUGCGUGCGCACCUCUGGAAACCUGUGCGACGUUCGCUACUCACGGAACGCGGAGAACAGCACGUGCUUCGCUCAUCCACUUGUGCAAGCAUCUGACACUUUGGAAUACUUGCCAGUAACACCAUGGGAGUGGACGGGAGGAUGGUGGUGCUGGUGGUGGUGGAAGAAGGGGGCGGGGUUGCGGAAGGAGUAAGAAUGCAGAACAAUGGAAGGUCGCUUGGUGGGUUCAGUUCGUCGUGCGAACGUAGCCAUCCGCACUUGUGGCUUCAAUCUGCUCGCGUCUGAAGAUUCUUCGGAAGAACACUUUUUUGUUUAGCGACGAUGACAGUUGAUAAAAUCGUCGCUAACCACGUUCCCGGAAUCGCUGCGAGAAAAAGGACAUGAUUAUUAUCAAUCCACCUGAUAUCUGCUUUGAUAUACAAGAUGAGCGCUGAUUUCUUCUCUAAAGUUUAUCUUUCAUACCAUUUUUUUUUAUUUGUUUCCAAAACUUUGCAUUUAUAUCAAACUCCUUAAAUCAAAGCUGGAUCGCAGAGAGAAUCCAGAAUGUUCGUCUUGUCUUACUAUGUUCUGUCUUUGAUUUAGUUAAUUUUUUUUCGCAGUGUUCCAGGCGAUUUAACCAAGAAAACUGUGGCAUCCUUACAACCUCAAAGAACUGAGUCAAUGUAAAUUGGAUUCAACACUUAAUCUGAUAUCACAAGACAAGGAAAAUACCUCAUUACAACUUUUUUUGAGAGACCGAAAAAGAAAACUUCAUUACUUUAUUCCCAAAAAGGGUUGUAAUGUGUCAUUCCCUAUUAACAUCAGCCAUUCAUCUUUUUCUUUUUUUUUUUUUUUGUAAAGGGCCUCUUAGAUCAGAUGUCUGUUUGGCAGAAGAACAACUGUUGCAAAUCACAACCUUUUUUUCAUCCUCAUUUUAUUCGCGAAAUUAGCAAAUCAGCUGAUAAAAUACACCAUGGCGCGCUUGUUUAAAAAAAUAUAUGUGCCGCAACUAAAAUUUUCUGUUAGAUGAAUUUAUAUUUCCAAGUAAAUAUGUAAAUUCACCAAUAUCAGGUAUUUAUUAAAUUUUACUUAACUUUAUUCUCUCAUCGUCCAUUUCUUCCACCAAUCCAUAUAUGCCUAUCUCUUCCUCUUUCCCACUCGCAAUCCAUUCGUGUAAAUGAAUGUCCAAGCCAACGGGAUAUUAUAAUUAUAUUUUCGUUUAUUUCAGCUAUUUCAAAUUAUAUUAUUUCAUUCAGCUGUGCUCUAAACGUUCUAGCUUCUCUAUUAUCAUAAGACCUCAGAACCAGUACCCACCACAUCCACCUCUGGUACAGAUAGAUGUUUAAUGAUUGUUAAACCAAAUUUUAUAAUUUUAAGAACAUGCAAUGGUCUGCAUCUUGGAAAACAAAUUCAUUUUCAUUCUUUAAUCGCAGUAAAUCAACGUGGGACAUUCUUUAAAACUUUUUAAUUACAAAGUAAUUAUUGUCAGUACUAUUCAAUUGGCGGUGUAUACAGAAAUAAAAUUAACAUUUGUUACAGUAAAAUCUUUGUUAAAGAAAAUAAAAAAGAUAUCUUGAGCUCAUGAUAGUUGGCUUUGAACACACAUAGGAAGUGAAGUAGGAAUAAGUUUGUUUUCUGGUGAUCAAUAGCUCCCUGUCUAAUGUAUUUCCAGUUGAAGAAAGCAGUCAAAACCACAUUUCUUUAUUCCAUUUAUUCUAUUUUUGUCCUCUUGUAUUUAAGAAGGACGACUUUUAUCAACCUACCCCUUAUGCUUCUUGCAUAGACAUUUAUUUAAAUUUAAUUUUUAAACUUGUUUAUGUUUAUCAGCUGCAUGCUAGCUUUUAAAAGUUGAGAUUUUAAAAUAUUACUACUUUAAAAACAAGUUUUUUGAUGUGCGAUAAAUUUCGUAAAUAUGAUUUACCUUUUUCUUUCAGAAAUUCUUUUUCCGCAGUCCUUCAAUAUCUAACUGUAUUUCAAUAUUUUACAGCAAGUGUAUCAUCCGCAACAAUACACCUGUAUCCACUUUCGCUGUCAUAACUGCUAAGGUUAAUUUAGAGCGAUGUGAUUGGCUCUUUUGUGAUAGUACACUCCCGGUUCGGUUCCCACAGCAGAUCAAUUAAUUAGUGUUAGAGAUAAUUAUCAGUGAAAAAUAUUACUGUAAGUGUUUAGAUUGUCUCUACUCCAUAAUCAAAGGUUUUAUCUCAAAUUCUUACGUUCAUUAUCACAGACAGACUUCAUUAGUCAUAAAUAUCAGCUGCCACACCGGAAGUAAAACUUCAGUGUAUAUUUCAGUCACGUGACUCAGUCCACGUGCAACAUAUGGCCGCUCGGACUCUCGGCGUUGUAGCUGACACUUCUGCUUGUCGUAUACAAAUCGCGUCAACCUGUAAAAGUAUUUUAGUAUAAACAAUGUCUGUAUCUGUGACGUCAUUCUUUCAAUGACUUUUGUCGUCACAAACCUACUUUUCCCGCAUCACUGUCUCGUCUCCCUCCACCUUAUUACGUCAAAGUGUGACGCAUAAUAAUAACAAAGACGCUCUUUUGCUAAUAAUGGAAAAAUACGUAUGCUAAAACAUUUUAAGCUCUGCGAUUCAGCUCCACCCGUCGAGUGGAAACAUAAGGUCAGAGUUCAGUGAUCGCUAUGAUUAAUUUGAUCGGAAAGAGUUUAAAAAAGUCUUUGUCACACGUUUUCCUUUAAAGUGUCUGCUUCUCAUUCAUAUUUUCGCUUUGAAUUUUUAAAAAGAUAUUUUAACCCAGCGGUUAAAAGUGGUUUCACACAUGACUUUUCCUCUUGGCGCCGACUUACUUGUGAAUAGAAGUAUACUUGUUUUGUUUGUGACUAUCUUGAAAUUGUCAGCCAUUCAACUAAAUGUGUCCAAUGGCUACUGGAAAUAAACAUGUUCAGUUAACGAUAA